CCUGCCCGCCCCCUCGCUCUGCCUCUCCCGGGGAGCCUCUGGCCGGCUGUCUGCGUACGUGGGAGCCCGGGAGGAGCAGCGCGCAGCGCGGGAGGCGGGCAUGGAAGGCUGAGCGGAGCUGCCUCUGCAAGCAGCAAUAAUGUGGCUGACUCCCGAGGAGGUGCUGCUAAAGAACGCGCUGAAGCUGUGGGUCUUGGAGCGCUCCAACCGGUACUUCGUCCUGCAGAGGAGGAGAGGCUGUGGGGAGGAAGGCGGAGGAGGGCUCACCGGCAUCCUGGUGGGGACCCUGGAUGCAGUUUUGGACUCUACGUCAAGAGUUGCCCCUUUUCGCAUCCUGCACCAGACACCAGAUUCUCAAGUCUACUGGUCUAUUGCAUGUGGAGCCAGCAGAGAAGAAAUAACAGCGCACUGGGACUGGCUAGAGCAGAAUGUGAUGGCGACUCUCUCUGUGUUCGAUUCCAGUGAGGACAUCACCAGCUUUGUGCAUGGGAAGAUCAGAGGUUUGAUUGCCGAAGAAGGGAAAGGGUCCUUAAUAAGAGAGGAGGAUCCUGAGAGGUUCCGUGAGGCUCACCUGAAGUUCGGGAAGUGUUUCGGGCUACCGGAACAAGAGAAGCUGGUGACGUACUACUCAUGCAGCUACUGGAGAGGCCGGGUGCCCUGCCAAGGAUGGCUGUAUCUCAGCACCAACUUUCUGAGCUUUUAUUCCUUCCUACUGGGAGCUGAAAUAAAACUUGUCAUAUCCUGGGAUGAAAUCUCAGUGCUCGAAAAGUCGUCCAACGUCAUCCUGACAGAGAGCAUCCACGUCUGCUCCCGGGGGGAGGAUCACUAUUUUUCCAUGUUCCUGCACAUCACUGAAACGUUCCUUCUCAUGGAGCAGCUGGCCCUGUAUGCUGUUCGAAGACUCUUUGACAAGGAGACGUUCGAUAAUGACCCCGUCCUCCAUGAUCCCCUGCAAAUCACUAAGAGAGGGCUUGAAAGCAGAGCCCACAGUGAGCAGUUUAAUGCCUUCUUCAGGCUGCCGAAGGAGGAGUGUCUGCGGGAAGUGCACGAGUGUUUCUUAUGGGUGCCUUUCAGCCACUACAAUACUCUGGGGAAAAUGUGCAUCUCGGAGAACUACGUCUGCUUUGCCAGCCAGGAUGGUUGCCUGUGCUGCGUAAUCAUCCCUCUGAGAGAGGUUGUAUCAGUCGAGGUGUCUGAUCCUGGUAGCAAAGCUGUCAGCAUCGCAACCAGAGGGAAGAGAGCCUUCCGUUUUUCCGAAGUUCGGGAUUUUGAACAACUGGUGGCGACGCUGAAGAGGAAAUGUGAUACCACAGCAAGCCAACAGCACAGCAUGAGCACAGAGGUUGCUGCUGACUCGAACGCUGAGCCUCUCGCAGACUAUUUUGAGGGGCAGCCGAUGGCAAGCCACAAAGACAACAGCAAGAUGGUUAGUACCGAAGCCCUCAUGACUGUCUUUCACCCUCAGGAUGCGGAGAAUCUGGACGCUAAAAUGUUGAAAGAAAAAAUGAAGGAGCAGUCCUGGAACAUCCUUUUCGUAGAAUGUGGGCGUGGUGUAAGUAUGUUUCGGACGAGGAGGACGAGGGACCUGAUUGUCAAAGGGAUACCUGAGGUGUUACGAGGAGACCUUUGGCUUCUUUUCUCAGGUGCUGUAAAUGAAAUGGCUACCAACCCGGGCUAUUACACCGACAUGGUGGAGAGGUCCUUCGGCACCUGCACUUUGGCAACGGAUGAAAUCGAACGUGAUCUGCGCCGCUCUUUGCCCGAGCAUCCAGCUUUCCAGAGUGACACGGGCAUUUCAGCCCUGAGGAGGGUUCUCACGGCAUAUGCCUACAGGAACCCCAAGAUUGGAUAUUGCCAGGCAAUGAACAUUCUGACAUCAGUGCUGCUCCUUUACGCCAAGGAGGAAGAAGCUUUCUGGCUCCUGGUUGCUGUGUGCGAAAGGAUGCUGCCCGAUUAUUUCAACCGCCGAAUCAUUGGUGCCUUGGUAGACCAAGCGGUGUUUGAGGAGCUGAUCAGGAACUAUCUGCCGCAGCUGACGGAGCACAUGACAGACAUGACGUUCUUCUCCUCCGUCUCCCUGUCCUGGUUCCUCACUCUGUUCAUCAGUGUGCUGCCCAUCGAGAGCGCGGUCAAUGUGGUUGACUGCUUCUUCUACGACGGGAUCAAGGCCGUUCUGCAGCUGGGCCUGGCUGUGCUAGAUUACAACAUGGACAGGCUGCUGACUUGUAAGGAUGAUGCAGAAGCUGUGACUGUCCUCAACAGGUUUUUUGACAGUGUUACCAACAAGGACAGUCCUCUGCCUCCAGCAGUGCAGCAGGCCUCGGGUACAAAUGAAGCCAAGAGCCAUCACCCCAAAGUGGACGUCACAGACUUGAUUCUAGAGUCAAACGAGAAAUAUGGUGACAUCCGGUUUGAGGAAGUAGAAAGCAUGCGGCGCCGUAACAGGCUGUAUGUCAUUCAGACCCUGGAGGUCACUACGAAGCAAAAUGUGCUUCGUGUUAUCUCCCAGGAUGUGAAAAUAAGUCCUAGCAACCUGGAAGAGCUGUAUGAAUUAUUCAAGAAGGAGCAUUUUCUCUCUUGCUACUGGAGCAUGGACAGCCCAGCCCUGAAGCACCAUGACCCCAGCCUCCCCUACCUGGACCAGUAUCGCAUCGACUGCCAGCAGUUCCGCGUCCUCUACCAUCUCCUGAGCCCUUGGGCGCAUUGUGCAAACAGGGACUCCCUCGCUCUGUGGACAUUCCGGUUGCUGGAUGAGAACCUAGAUGGGCUUAUAAACUUCAAAGAAUUUGCCUCUGCUCUGGAUGUCAUGUACCAUGGGAGCUUUACCCAAAAGCUGAAGCUGCUUUUCAAAUUGCACAUACCUCCGGCUUUCACUGAAGUGGAAUCCCUAAGCCCUUCCAAAGGGACUCAGCUAUCUAAAGAAGAGUUGAUCCACUUUAGCCAAUUAAAUGUUUCUUCUCCUGAGGACCGUGAAGGUGCUGAUGCUUUAAACAGGAGCCCAGAAAAAGGUAGAGGAAAGGUUGACAUCCAGGCCUAUUUGAAGCAGUGGCAGGAUGAAUUGCUAAAAAAAGAAGAAAGCAUUAAGGAUUUGCCCCGCAUGGACCAGUCCCAGUUCAUCCAGUUUUCAAAGACUUUGUAUAACUUGUUUCACGGAGACCCAGAAGAGGAGCUGCUCUAUCGCGCCAUUGCCACUGUCACCAGCCUCUUGCUGAAGAUGGAGGAGGUUGGCCGAAGACUCCAGAGCCCCACUUUGCCAGCCAAGAGCAUGGCCCCUUCCACCUCCAACUUGGGCGCAGAAGAUACCCGGAAGCCCCCAGAGGCUCAGCCUACCCCACAGAUUGAAAGAGGUGGACCUCAGAGCCCACGCAGACCUGACGAAUGGUCGUUCGCCUUUGAGCAGCUGCUGGCGUCUUUACUAAAUGAACCUGCUUUGGUGAGAUUUUUCGAGAAGCCAGUAGAUGUCGCAGCCAAGUUGGAAAACGCUAAAGUUUCUCAGUUGAAAGCAAAGGCCAGAGUAUAGCACCUGUCUGACGCUCCGCACAGAGGCACUUGGAAGGAUGGAGGGCUGUUUGUGAGCUCAGCAUCUUGAGUUUGUCAGGAGUUGGGGGGAGGGUUAAAGAUUCAGCUCGACCCCCCUCUACGCCAUAGGCAGGGUUGUUUGUGUUUUUGCGAAGUUAAAAUAAGCAUAGCUUGAAGGACAAUUUGCACCUAAAUUUUGCAUUUUUAGUACACUCGGGAGACUUAAACCACAUCAGCCAACACAAGCCAACUUGGAAGGGAAUAGCAAGCUGGUCUGCCAGGGGCAAAGUUGGGGGUGGUUCGUGGUUGUUGUUUUCCCAAACCACUGUUUCGUGUUAAUAGUUCUCAUGCUGAAUGUAAUGUCUGCCACUUUUGCUGCAGAGUGGUGUUGGCCUUUACCUAUUCUGUUGUAACUGUUGGUUGGAUUUCCAAAGAAUUGCUUCUUAAGCUCUGAAUGUAGAAUUUGUUUCCUGCUUUGGGAGAGAUAUUUUUUGAUGGUCAGUUGAGCGUGGCUGUUUAAAAGGGCGGGGGGGGGGAGCUGUGUUGUUUCUGUGAAUGGGACCAAGUGCUGCUUUUGAUCAUUACUGCUGUUGUUGUUUUUUAAAAAGUGGCUAGUUGAUACAAUCCUGGGGAACUUCCAAACCCAGUUCACCUCCCCACUGUUUUAAUUUCUGGCCCCUUUUACUUGUGGGAGGUCCUGUGGUUCCCUGACCAUGCUUACCCUAGAUUAGCCCAGUUCACAGCGGCAUGGAGACCACAUUGCGAUGGCGGCUUCCUUCCCAAAUCCACUCUGGUAAAGGGAAGAUGUCAUGGCUUCUUUCCAUGUCAACAUCAUCUAGUGAAGGUGGCGCUAGAAUAGACAUGAACUGCAGCCUGGUGUCUCCACUCAGGUGCCCCAGGAAGAACGAAGGAGACUUGCUCCUGUAAUGCAGCGCUAGUGUGUGGAUUUGGCUUUAGAUCGGGGGUGUUUAACAUUUUAGUUUAUCUUUUUACUCAGGGGCCACAUUCACCCUUGGACAGUGCUCCAGGGGCCAAAUCCCACUGCGUAGCCCAAAGUGUAGGCACCCCACACUCUAAAAGGUUCACACACACACAGCCUCUCCUUCAUGUUGAUCAGUUGAGGGUGGGAGGGUGGGGUGGGGGUUACUGUCCACUCAACAAAUGAUGCAUCUCAUGACCAAGAAUUGGGUGAUUUGCGUCCACAUCAGGGGGCUGGACCGUAUGGAGGGGGUUAAACGUCUCUGCCCACCCUGGCUAACAUGUCUGCAGUGUGUAUUUCUUUUUGCUGCCUGCCACUGGUGUGGUCUUGGCGUGUGCCACUGGUGUGGUCUUGGCGUGGGGAGUGGGAGGUGCUAUGCUUGGGACGGAGGUUGCAUCAGGUCCCUGGGGCUGCAGCCUUCCUUUAAAUCAUCUGCUUCCUUUUUGAGCUAGAAAUAAGGCCAGCAUAAAGCAGUUUUGUAAUACAGAUUGCAUGAUACUUGAAGGAUUAUUGUGAAGUUAAGGUGAACACUGUUGUGGAGAACUGUUCCCUGCUGGUGUCUUGUAUAUCUCUGUAGGCUUUUAGGACUAAGCCAGUUUCUAGUACCUGUUUAAUUGAAACACACAUGCACGUGCGCACACAUGGGGCUUAUGGUCUCUUUCUUCACUUGUCUUCUCUUUUGUUGACAUUGCUGAUGUCAUAAUGGUUAUAGGAAGCACUAAGAUUUCAACAUGCGCCUUCUUCCCAAAUAAUCUCCAGUGUCCCUGCAGGGUUUUUCUCAGCCAAAUGGAGCUAGCUGAUGCUAGAAGAAGAAUUGGCAGUUUCAGUUCAGAACUAUGUUCAUAGUGCAGGUUGAGUGAUGAGAAAGCCUGGCGAAUCCAUAACUCUCCAUGGCUCAGGUGAACCAAUUUCUUUUGAUUUCCAAAGCAUGUCAUCCAAUAGAUCUGUUUACAAAUUGUAAGGAAAUUAUCUUCCAGAACCUUGUAGGUACAAUCUUUUAUAUGCAGAAUGACCAGCAUACAUAUUAUAGGUACUAAUCAGAUUUUGAUUACCAGUGACAGAGGUACUGUGUUUAGGGUUCUUUCUCUCUGUGUGUUUGUGUCUCCCCUCAGGUCUUUUUUUUUUUAAAAAAAAAGCAUUUGAAAUGUGCAGACUUCUUAUCUAACCAAACAGCCUCUGGUGAUAUGUGCAAAGUAGAUAUUUGCUAGCAAUGGGCAUAUUUGCUCAAGACAAGGAAGAAUGAGCUUUCCAGCUCUGAAGGAAAAAGCUUUAACAAUUGGCAAGGCAGAGGAGGAGAAAUCAGUCCACUUUCUCUUAGCCUCUUUGGACCUUUCUAUCUGCAUCCCCGACAAGGCUUAAUCUUAAUUAUGAGUAUUUUGAAACAGGUCCAAAGUUUUCCACUAAAAGAACCUUCGGUCUAAAUUCUAUGCAAAUAAACCAGCACUGUGGAAGGCGUAUGUUGCCUUUUAAAAGGGACUGAUUUCUGUUUGUCUCUGUUGCCCAGGGAGGUGGGCCUUUAGAUCACAACCCACACACCUUGCCAAUGAAUGCAGCUUGGAUUUUGGGAGCAGAUGAUUCUUUACAAGCUUGUUUUCCACGCUUACGUGUCUUCCCCUUAUCUCUUUCCCAUUCUUUAAGGAUGGAAUCUUGAGUUCUCAUCCACAGGGAUGAGAACAAAACAGAAAGAUCCAUUUUCUUAAUAUUAUUCUGGAUUUAUUUUUCCAAACAGUUGCUCAGUUCAAUAUGGGCAAACCAUGCAGCCUGAUUCCUCCCUGCACCCCUUUCAAAAUACUCCAUUUUUAAGUUCCUACAGGAAACUCUUAUUUACUGAAAUCCAGUUGUUUUCCUCUUGGCUGCCUGAAAUGAAACCUUCAAUCGAUGUUUUCCAGGAAGCAACAGAAGUCCUGACCUGGGAAUUAAAAAGGACUUCACAGCUGUUGUUUACCAGGCAGCAUAAUACCUAUGCAUAUCUAUUUCAGCUUUAUGCAUGCAAGCUGGGAAGUGACAUUUUUGAAUGCUUAUCUUUAUGAAAGACUCCUUAUUAACGUGAAGCUAAGCAGGAAAAAAAAUUAAAAAGCUUCACUCUGAUGCAUUAGUUUUCUGCUUGCAGGUUUUCCUCCCCCCCCCCCCUAAAAACAGAAAGUGGGAGAACUUGCAGAAAUGAUAUCACCCUGUUGCCAUCUUAAGUGAGGAAGUCUAUUCUACUGCCACAGUCUGCUUCAUGCACCUAGCCUUGGAGAGACUGUUUCUAACUUAGGGACUCCAAUUCCUUUACUCUGGUAAAAAAACAAGCAUUUUGGCUUUGUGUUGGAUGGGAUUGCUGUAGUCUCUCCUUCACCACAUAAAAAGAAGUUUAUUAAGACAGAACUUUAAAGCAAUCCCUAGGGCUCUGAAUGGGCAAGUUGGGAUCAACACCUUCCAUGAAAAGCAUUUUUCUUUUCUUUUAAACCUACCCUAGGGAUUGAAUUCCUUGGCACUAGUUUUGAUCGAAGCCUACUAUCCAUUUCUUAGUGUGCUUAGAUGGUGGAAGGCCACUGGGUCUGGGUUUCAUGUUUGUGCCAUGCUGUUGUUGUUUUUUCCAGUGGUACUUGCUGCAAUCCAAAUACCUGAAUGAUAUCUUCCUGAGAGUCGCCUCUGCAGUUACCAGAGCAUGCAUGCACUCUCUCUUUCUCAUCACACACAGGUGCUCUAGGCAUUCUAUGCAGCUGAAUAUAGAACAUUUGUAGCUGAGGGGCAGCAGAACAGAGCAAUGAAGCUUUAGAUCCAUGGUGGCUAAGUUGCAAAAUAAUGAGGUCAUUUGGCACAUAACACUAGGGAUGAUGGGAUGCAUACCAUAGAGGGUUAGAUUAUCAGCUGCCAUUUACUGUUCAGAGCAAGUUACUGAGCAAAUACCUGUCAAAGCGAAGACUUCUCACACUAUUGCAAACUCCAGCAAAGUUUUCGGGAGUGGGGGGAUGCUACCUGUUGCGCAGGUAGAAAAGUCUGGUGGGCAGAGAGCCAUUUUAGUAAGAUCUGAUUGCACAGGGACUUCACUAAAGGGUGGGGGUCGCAUCAGGUGACUUCACUGUAGGUCACCUGAUCAAAUUUUCACUAACAACUGCAGUGAUCGUUCAUUGCUGUCGCGUGUAGCCAUGCUGUUGCCUCGCAAGUUGCAACUUUUAUAAUACAGUUUGCCAAAGAUGCAGCUGUAAUUUCUUAGGGAGAACAACAACAACAACAAAAAAAGAUGUAUUUAUCUGCCUUCUUCAAAGUUCCUCAUCUUAUUGGCUGUCUAACAAACAUCUAAUGGAGAGAAAUAUUGAAAUAAGCUUACAAAAAAUACGCGUGUAAUUAUCUUUAAGAAUAAAUUUCUAAAUAAGAUGAAUAUGGUAUGUUUCCCAGAGGAACUGGAUUAUUUUAUCCUUUUUGCUACCAAGGAAAUAAAAUAUGUUUAUGUGCUGGCGUUUUGUAUUUUGAUGACCAUGUUCUGUACACAGCAAAUUCACUGUAUCUUUAAUGAGAGGAGAUGAAUAAACGAUCAUUUCAUGGAA